CAUAACCCUCAAUUCAAACGGCUCUACGAAAAUUUGACAACGACUCUGUUGAAUCCCGAUGGCUCGACUCGUGCCACCAGCAAAGACCCGGUGCGCGCUGCCGCAGUUGAGGAGCUGAAACAGUGCCAAAUAAGACGUGCAAAGAAACAGAUCCAACAACAAACGCUCCGACGCCUAGCAUUCGCGUCGGAUAGCGAGCUCCUCGACGACUUCCAUGAUAAUCUCGCCUUAAUAUCACUCUACCUCGAGACUCCCAGCAGUGCUCUCGACCAAGACCAACCGCUAGACCAAUCCCAGAGCCUGGGACACCUUCACGACAAUGCGCUGUCCCUCCUCCAACCUGAAUUCGAAACUUUCUGCUCCAAUAUCCCCUCUUUUAUCACCCAAUUCUCCAACAUCCUUUCCAAAGCCAGCCACGACCUCCGCGCAAUAGCAUCAACAAACCCCGACAACAAUGACCUAGACGAAAACAUGCCCGGCCCCUCGCACUCCCGCUCCCUUUCAACACACAAUGCCCGCGCCCGCGCAAGAGAUCGGCGCGUUCGCACAUCAAUGGCGCCUGCGCCCCUCCUCUCCUCCAUAUUGAACGACCGCGUCCGUGCCCUCCGCUUCUUGCAACUGGAAGAACUGCCGGCAAAGAGGCGCGAAAUGGCCGCGCUAGCAGCUGACGUCAUUGCGGCGCAGGCGCAGGUACUAGAACGAACAGUGCUCCUGCUCGAAAGGGCGAAGCACGGGGCUUUGGCGCGGGCGACGAAGGCCAAGGCGGAGCAUCUGGCGACUGUUGCGCAAGGGGUGGAAGGGAAACUUGAGUACGUACCACUCAUCGCUACUACUCUUUAUACACCGGAGACUCUAGCAGCACUCUCACGGUACCAGAGGCAUCUACGCGAGACGAAGGCUCGGCUGGAUGAGCGGCGCGAGUCGGCUAUUGAGGAAUUGAAGAGGUAUGGGGAUAUUGAGGCUACCAGGGCUGGGGGUGCGGAGCGUGUUGAGGGGGGUACGUUGGCGGAGAUCGCGCGACGUUAUGGUCUGCUGGUUCGGGAGGUGGACAGUGUGCGAAUGGAAAUUGCGAGGCUAGGAGAGUAA